GUAAGAUUUUUGUCACUUUAGUACAAUAUUUUAACUGAAAUACAAACGUCUUUCUUUUGAAAUGGCUACUGAAUAUAUAAAUGAAAGUUUUACAGGAAAUGACAGUAUAACAGAAAAGGGCAUUGCCAAAGAAACGGAUAUAAAAACUGAUGUGUACGAAUCGUUACAGAAAACUAAAGAAUGCGAGUUAUAUCAGACAUUAGAAAAGAGUAAAACAAAUCAGGAUGUUGACACCAAGCGAUGUAAAGCUAUUUCACAGAAGAAAAUAAUAUAUGUUUUACUGAUUUUCCUGUCGGCUACAGUCAUUGUGACACUUAUUGGCGUUAUCAUUCUAUUCGCUUCUACUACUAAAACAGAUGGAAGCUGGGAAAGCUGGCAGAUGUGGACUAACUGCAGUGCUGUCUGCGGUGGUGGUUUCAGAACAAGGUCAAGGACUUGUUCAAAUCCAACACCGCCUCCUUUUGGCAGAUAUUGUCAAGGAAACCCCAUUGAUAUCGAGUCGUGUGAAAACGACAAUUGUG